AUGCUUUCGUAUCGAACAUACAACUCCGAGGAGCAUCGACACCGCGUCCUGAUAGAUAGCAAAUGGUACCGCUGCCGUCAAGGACAUGAACUACGCACUCUUGGUUUACCAUAUUUGGGCGUCACUUGCAGCCUUUGCGGUCGGGUUUUGCCUCCCGGAAGUUGCCUUCACAGCUGUCCCCUUUGUCAAUGGGAUGCCUGUACCGAUUGUCUUCAACGACCCGACAGUGCAAGGAGUUUCCAACUACUUCCAGAUUGUCCCAUUUGCCAAGAGCCAAUGGAGUGGAGUGACUACAAAGGAGGUUACUACACCAAUGGUUGGGCUUGCAACAACAACUGUGGAUCAAGGCGUGUGAACUGCGGCUUGUGGAGAUGGUUCUGCCUGAAAUGUGGUGCGGACAUUUGUGACCGCUGUCAUCGGCACAAGGCGCAGCGAGAUCGGGAGCGAGAGAGCCCGCGCGGUUGGGAGAUCGGUGUCCAAUUCGUGGAACUUUGCAAAGACCAUCAGUGGGAAAAAGCAAAGAAAAUCCUGUCCGAACGACCGAACUUGGUCAACAUUGAGAUCGAAGGACGUUGGUCGGCGCUCCACUAUGCUGCACGAGCUGGACAUCCUCAGAUGGUGCAGUUCUUAUUGGACCUCAGUGCCGACGCCACCAGCUUCGCUGGGGAUGGCAAGACGCCUUUGGAGGUUGCGAAAACGCACGAGAUCCGAAGCUUACUGAUGCGCUCUUCAUUCUUGCAGCCAGCACUCACCAUCUUUCAGCAUUACGACGCCAGCGGCACUGGUUGUAUCGAUGGCAUGGAGUUGGGAUGGGUGAUGAAGUCCAUACAGCCACAUCUCACGGAUGCGGAACUGCAGGAACUCUUUGCAAGCUGCGACACAAAUCACAACGGAGAAGUCGACUUCAUCGAGUUCGUCAUGUGGUUGUUUGCUGGUGGCGGCAAGGCCUAUGCGCAGGACAUCUUGGCCAGUGCGAAGCAACUUGCAAGUGGUUCCAGUGGCGUUGGACAACAAGCGCUGCUACUGAAAGCUGUGCUAUCGACUCGGGCUGGUCUGGACGCGCAUGUCUAUACGUAUCCAGACUUCGCGUCGAUGCCAAAGAUGGCCCACCAUCCACCACGGGAUGAAAAGUUGCAGACCUGUGCAGAGUACGUGCAGCAGCUGCUGUCUUGGAUUCCAGGCCUUCCGAUGGUGGAGGAGACUCUGCAGGAGGUGCAGCGCAUCGCUGACAUUCGGAACGACUCCUCCCAUGGAGCAGAGAUCCAGAACCCUGAGAUGGUUUGCGCCAUUGUGAUGUGGACCUUUGACCCUGUUCUCAUCACAGCGGACCAGGUUUACACCAAGGAGCAGACCUUCCAACACAUGAUCAACAAAAUCGUGGACAAACGCGAUGCUGAAUUCUUCUACGCUGCCAGGGGGUUCUUCUACUACUUCAUGACAGCCCUUGAUAAACUUCCACCAGCAACUGGUGUGGUCUAUCAAGGCAUUCCGCGCAAGGACAUCACGGCGGCACGGGAGGCCUUGGUGGAAGGUACCACAGUGACAUGGCGUUCCUUCACCACAGCCCUUCAGCUCUGGGGAAGCAUGGUGGUUUAUGAGCGUGGUUUGAUCCUGCAGAUCACUCUCUUGGCUCCAGAGUUGCGCUCCAAGGGUCUGCGAUUCGAAUCAAAGGGUCGAGACAUCAGCAAACUUUCAGCAUUUUCCGGGUCAAGCGAAGUGCUCCUCAUGCCCAACAUCCGCAUGCGCGUGGGUCCAGAGGUGCAAAAGAAGGGCAUGACGGUCAUCGAACUUACGGAGUUGGAAGAGGAUACUGCCACUACUUUGAAUGCUGAAGACUUUGACUAA